UUCAUUCCUAGUUAGACGGUUGAUGUGUUAACAUCGCAAAAAAUAAUAACAAUAAUAAAAAAUUACGAGUAAAUACGGGAAUAAAUAUAAAAUAAAAUUAAAAUACCUACACACAAUAUAUGUAAUAUCAAAGAAUCGUAAUUUAAAUGAAAUGCAAAUACACUCUAAAAAUAUAUAAAAAAAUUAUAACAAAAAAUAAAAAAAAAUUAGAAACAAAAUCAGUUUAAUUUUUUUUUUUUGUUUUGUUCUGAUACCGUAAAAAUAAUAAUAAAACACCGCAAGAAUACAGUAUUUAUGUGUACUAAAAAAAAAAAAAUUAAUUCGCAAUUUGCGCUAUAAUUUCGUGUAACAUUUUUGUCGUACAUAAAAAAGAAAAAAAACAACAACAACAAGAUAAAAAUGAAAAAUAAAACGAAAAAUACCGUUAAUAAAUAAUUAUUUUACUUGUUUUUUUUUCUUAAUUUUUUUAAUUUUUUGUAUAAACAAUUUAAUCGCAAUAAUUAUUAAAAUAAGAAAAGCGUGAAUUAUCUUUUAAACAACAAAAAAAAAAAUUAACACAAAAAAACGCACAAUUUUUUUUUUGUUUACAUUUAAAAUAUUUAUUUUGUAUUUAUAUAUGUAAAACACCUAUUAUUAAAAAAAAAAUCCAAAAAUUAAUAAUUUAUAAAUAAAGUAAUUAAAAAUAUAAAAGAAAAGUAAGAAUAAAUAAAUUUUUAAUUUUAAAAAAAUUUGGUUACUUGCAAACCGAAAAAAAAAAAUUCAAAAAGAAAAAAUUAUAUUAGAAGGAUUCCAAAACAAAAAAAAAACAUUAAUGCACAAGAAUAUCAAAGAUCUUGUAUUAAAUAUUUAGAAAUUAAUUUAUUUUGGGGGUAAAGAAGAAAAGAAGAAGAUCGCAAUAACUCAAUUUCAACUUAAGCAUAUCAAAUUAACACUGAACCAUAUUUACAUAUAUUUAAAAUUAUUAUGGUGUACAACAACUGCCAACAGUUUUGAAUUUAUUUAAAAUAUAUUUAUACACGUAUAUAUAAGAUUCUACAUAAGAUUAAUACGGUAUGACUCAAAAAUGAUUAACGUUCAACAAAAUUUUUUUAUAAAAUAAUUAUGAAAAAAAGACAAAUAAAUUUAAUAAAAAAAAAAUUAAAAAAUUAAAAUAAAAGUGCAAGAAGUCAAUAAAGUUACAAAAAAAAAUUUAUUUAUAUAAAAUGUAUAAAAAUAUUUUAAAUUGAAUAUAAGAAAAGAAAAAAUGCACAAAAAAUUCAAAAUUUAUUUAUUUUAUAUGAAACAUAUAUGAAAAAAUAAAUGAGGCAAAAUUAUUGCCCCAUAAUAAUCAAAAUAAAAAGGAAUAUCACGAUAAAAAGGAUAAAAAUCCAAAAAUUAUGGUGCUUAUGAAGGAAAUUCUUAAUAUUCUCUUAAUUAUUGUGAUAUGUUCGAAUGCAUUUCGAAUUGAUGUUAAACGUAAAAAUCAUGUUGAAUUAAAUGGAACAAAGAUUAAUGCCAACAGCAUCCAUGAUCAUUUAGAAGAACAUGAAGUAUUAUUUCUUUUUGGAAAUUCAAAUUCAAAACCGGAUCUUCAUUUUGCACAUGUUAAUCGUAAAGACAUAAGCACAACUUUAUCAAAAUCAAGAGGAAAACGCUCUCUAUCUACACCGCAAAAAGUUUCUAUUAAAGUUGAAGGUGAUAACGGUGAAGAAGUCGAUUUAAAAUUACAACAAGUAACAAAUUUAAUAGACGAUGCAUUUAUAUUAAUUCGACGUUACGAGAAUUCAUCACAAUUCAUUACAAAUUCACAUAAAAUGGCAAUGGACUAUGAAAAAUGUUUUUAUCGUGAUGAAAAUUCAUCCCUUGACCUUUGUGAUGAUACAUCUGUUAGAGGAGUAUUUCAUUAUAAUUCAAAAGAUUUUUUAAUACAUCCCCUACCAGAACGUUUUGGUCGUCAUUCACAUGUGAUAUUUGAAGCAACACCAAUUAAAAACAAUAAUAAUACAAGAAAAUCAUCAAUACUGCAAAAUGAAAGAUUAUUCAAUGAAGAUAAAAAUUCUAUGAUAAAUUUGGAGCAUUUUGAACCGGAGAUUGAUAGUUUUAAUGAAAUUAACACUGCCACUAAUAUUAAAAUUGCCACAGAUUUAUUAAAUGAGAAUCCGCAAAAAAAUAAUAAAUAUUCGGAAAAUAUUUUAUGGUCAACCGAGAAAUCUAUGAUACAUGAAAUUUAUGCAAAAAAACAUAACUAUAAUCAUAAUAAUAAUAUUAAUAAAACUAUAAAUUAUAAAAAUUUUAAUAAAGAGAAUAAUAGAAAUUAUAAUAAUUAUGAUGAAUUUAAAAAAAAUAAUAACCAUAAUAAUUUUUCAACAUAUGAUCAUCAAGAUCAAAAUUUUUUAAGAUUUAAAAGUGAUAAAAAUUAUAAUUAUAAUAAUCAUAUAAAUUCAACUUAUAAUCGUACCAUUUUGGAUUAUGAUACAUCUACUACUUUAAAUAAAGAUAAUGAUCAACAUUGGUGGAAACGAUAUAGAGUUCGACGACAUAUUGAUUCGGCUUCAUCGUCUGUUGGUACCGGUAUAAAUACCGGCAAUAGUUGGAAAGCACCACAAGUUUUACAUAUUGAAACAGCAAUUUUUGUUGAUCGUGAUCUUUUUAAGCAUAUGGCAAGAAAUUUUCCAAAAAAUACUGAAAGUCAUUUAAUACGUUUCGUGUUGGCAAUGAUAAAUGGUGUACAAUUAUUAUAUCAUCAUCCAUCAUUAGGUCAUCAAAUAAAUUUUGUUUUAAAACGUUUAGAAAUCUUGCAUAGUGAUCCAAAAGAAUUGAGACGUAGUAGUGAUAUUGAUAUAUAUUUAAAUAAUUUUUGUAUGUGGCAACGUAAAUUAAAUCCAACAUCAGAUUCUGAUGUUGUACAUUAUGAUCAUGCUGUGAUAUUAACUGGUUUGGAUUUAUAUGUUGUUGGUAAAAAUAAUAAAAUAAGUAGUCAAGUAGUUGGUUUAGCACCAGUUUCUGGUAUGUGUACAUCAACAUCUUCAUGUACAAUUAAUGAAGGAAAACAUUUUGAGAGUGUCUUUGUUGUUGCACAUGAAAUCGGUCAUAACUUAGGAAUGCGACAUGAUACAAGCGAAAAUAAUUGCGAUCCAAGCUUAUAUAUUAUGUCUCCGACUUUGGGAAGCGGAAAAAUUACAUGGUCCAAAUGUAGCCGGAAUUAUUUACAAGCCUUUUUAGAGGCACCACAAGCAAAAUGUCUUUUUGAUCGUGGUCAAUUCGGUCACAGUUUAGAUCAUUCAGCAGAAGGUAUAUUGCCAGGUGAAAGAUUUGACGCUGACCAACAGUGUAUGUUAAAAUAUGGAAAAGAUAGUAUAAGAGCGAGAAGGCAACUUUUGACUGAUAUUUGUAGAGAUUUACACUGCCAACGUGAUCGAUAUACAUGGACAUCACAUCCAGCUUUAGAAGGAACUGAAUGUGGAGAACUGAUGUGGUGUCGAAGUGGUAUAUGUAUUGCUAAAAAUGAUGCAACAGUUAUUGGACCAUAUCCAAAUCCAAAGGUAAAUUAUGCAUCGAGGAAGCAUGUCGAUAAAGUUAGUUUCUUAGAAAAUAAAAAAAUGGCGAGCUUAAGACAGUACAAUUUUGACAAGCCAGCGAUAUGGAGUGAAUGGAGUCAUCCAACAGAAUGUGCUUCAGGUUGUUUAUAUGGACCUUCAGGAAGAUUAAGAGAAGGUAGCACUGGAUUAAGAAUAUUUACUAGGACCUGCUUAGAUUAUAAAAGAAGAUGUUCUGGUCAAAAUAGAAAAUAUGAAACGUGCGUAGCGAAGCAGUGUUAUACAAUUGACAAAACUACUAUACAAGAAUUUGCUACUCAAAUAUGCGAAAGGGCUACAAAAUUUGAUAACGAUAUCAUUGGUCAUGGAUUACAAAUUCUUGGAGACAAUGCCGAAGAUUCAUGCAAAGUAUUUUGUAAAACUAAAAUUAAUUCAACAAAAUCUCGUAGUUGGACUUUUCCCGAUGGAACUACAUGUCAAAAUAAAAAAUUCGCUCCAUCUGAUAUUGGUUACUGCAUAAACGGACGUUGUGAAAGAUUUUCAUGUGAUAAUUCAACAAAUAAUUUAUACAAAGUAGAACCGAAAUUCUGUCCACAAAAUACACUUUUAAAGGCUGAUGAUAUAAAAUCAAGUAACAAUAAUGAGAUCUAUAAUAAAAUUAAUAGCAAUAAUAUAUAUAAAGACAAUGAACGUGAUUAUAAGAGUAUUAUGAUGAAAGUUAAUGAGAAUUACAAACAUUUUAACAAUAAUAAUAACGAUAAUAAGAUCAAUAAUAGUAAUUAUAACACCAAUCAAAAAAGUAAUACUGAAGAUAAUUUAAGUAGAGAAAUCUUACGUAAUUCAAAUAGUAAUUACAAAGCAAAUAGUUAUAAUUAUGAAAAUAAAUAUCGAAAUCCUCACGAAACUUCAUCAGCAUUAUCAAAAAAUAAUAUAAAUAAAAAAUCGGAUACAUCAACAUCAUACUCGCGAUGGAAAUAUGAAUCGGAUCAACCAGUUCAAGAACCACCAGCACGUAUUCGGUUACAAAUAAUGGAAAAUGAAUGGAUGGUAAAAUCUGGAUGUCAUUUUAGUUGUAUGGAUCGUGCAAAAGGUGUACAAGUUGUACAAUCAAAAACAAAUCAUACCAAUAAUAUACAAUUAUGUUCACCAAGAAUUAAACCAUGUGAUAAAUUACAAACUACAACUGAAUUCGCAAAAAAUAUUUGUAGUCGUUAUAAACUUAAAGUAAGAGGUUUAUCUGGUUUUGGAAUGCAAAUUGCACCAAGUGAAAAAGAUCCGGAUCGUAGUUGUAAAGUUGCAUGCCAAGAUGAAAGAUUACGACACAGAUUUUAUUUAGUUAAUGGUGAAUAUGGUCUAUUUCCAUUUGGAACAAAAUGUUCAGGCAAUGGUGAAAGAUAUUGUAUUAGUGGAAAAUGUUUAGAAUUUGGUCCAAAUUUAAUACCAUUAACUGAAUCAUAUAUGAAUUUAUCGUUAUUUAGAAGAAGAAGAAAAAGAGAUUUAACAAAUAUAGCAAAGCUUGAUGACACUAAUAAGGAACUAGCAAAAUUAAGAAGAGAAAAACGAAAUUACAUUUAUUUUAUGCCAAUAAUUAUUAGAGAAAAUGUAACACAACAGUUUAUAGAUAAAAUUAUCGAUAAUUUAAGUUUUGAAGUCAAAAAUUUAAUAGACGAAUCCAUUUCGAAUGAUCAUAUAAAAUUUGAUGACCCUAUACAUAUUUCAAUAGAUGAACUGACUAAGGACUAAUAAUAGAAAAAUAAAAAUACAUCUUUUUUGUAAAAGAAAAAAAAAAUUCUUAAUAAAUUUUUUUAUAAAA